AUGCCCAAAGUGGUCAAGCUCGCCCGGCGUCUUUUCCGCGACAAUGGCCUCGAUCGAGAUGUGUUCCUCUGUUCGGAGGACGUCCGAAAGCUGCCAAGUCAACCGCAGCGUGCGCAGCUGGUGGUUUGCGAACACUUUGAUCCCGGGCUGCUGGGUGAGGGCAUCCUGGUGCUUUUGAAUGCGGCCCGCAUUAAGAUGUGCAAUGCCUUCGAGCACCAGGUCAUCCCCAGCAGAGCGACCAUUUGGGCAGCCGCUUUCGAGUUCGGCGAGCAACUGCGGAGCUACGACGGGUUCGACCUGAGUGCUCUGAACCACUACCGGACGGGCCUGAUGACUGACGUGGACACGGCGCUGGCUGACGGCAGCGCCCGGCAGCUGUCCAACGUCUUUGAGGUUUUCAAGUUCGACUUCGAGAAGAACCUCAUGCCAGAUGCCCAUUCCAUCACCUUCACGCCCAUCUCAACAGGAAAGAUCACUGCCAUUGUGUUCUGGUACGAGAUGCACAUGGACAUGGAAGGAGACGUGAUCCUCACCAAUUGGCCGGAAUCGAUCCCGCCUGCAGACUUCUCCAUGCUCGAGAAGGACCUGCACCGGGUGUCGCCCUUGCGACAGGCCGUCUGCAACUUCCAAGGCAGCUACAUCCAGGAGGUGGUCAAGGACGAGCCCAUAGAGAUCGACGUCGGCUACCAGCAGGCCUGGCCGCAGUUCAUCUGGCCAGGCACGGAGAUGGUGCAGAAGGAGAGCGGUGAGAGGAUACCGAAGCCUCCUCCGAUGCCCAGGCAUCGGCUCUACUUCGAGAAGAUGAAGACAGAAACCGAGAAGCUCGAGUCUCCAUCUCAGCUUCGCUCCUGGUGGAUGACUCCAGCAAAGGGGAGCGGGAGAGGCAUCCCCAUCUUCAUGGCGCGUCUCAGACACCUGGUGCGUUUGUCCCUAACUGCUCUCUCCUUCGCAGCCGCAGCCGAGGAAACCCAGUGGUCGACCGUCCGAGUGAAGGGCGACCGACGGGGAGAUGGUCACGCCCACAUCAUCGGCGAUGUGGGCACCGCCGCCGUCACCGUGACGCAGGUAGCCUCGCAGGAUGAGUUGCAUGAUCCUGUGCACCAUGUCCACCAUGUCAUUUACAGUGACGAUCCUCCAGAGCACCUACACCACGAGUACGCGUAUGCGGACGCGGCGGACGACCCGGUCGUACCCGGCCAAGCCAAGCCGGACUGGUCGCACGUGUACUUGUCACAGCAACAUCUUGAUCCCUCAAAGGUCCCAGCCGAGUGGAUGGACGACUCGAGCGGCGGCAAGGACACGCAAAUCAUCCACGAUCAUCACAUCAUCUUCGACGAUUUGCCGGCGGUCCAUCAUGUGCAGCACAUCGUCCACUAUCACUACGACCAAGCACAGGCUCCUGUACCAAAGCACACGUGCGAUGGCCGAGAAGUGCAGUGGGAUGAUUGUCCAGACCAAACAAGGUGUGUCGCCUGCACGCCGGUGGACUGCCUCUUCACUGAGUGGAGCAGGUGGUAUGACGGUGCUGGCUGUAUAGGCCUCCGAUUCCGACACAGAAGCAUCCAGGUGCGGAACAACGAAUGCGGCUUGCCAUGCUAUGGAUCCAAGAUGGAAUCCGAGCUCUUGCCAGAGCCGAAGCCAGAAUGCUUGAAGAAGCAGCAGGACUGCGUGUUUUCCUCCUGGAGCCAGUGGAGCGUCUGCAAGAGCCAAGUGGACCAGGCGAUACGCGAACGGCACAUCGACCGAGAGCCACUUCACAACGGCGAGCCCUGCAAGGGCAGUAGCAAAGAGACGCGGCCCUGCGGUGGUCCAGAGCCGCUGCCCUGCAUCUUGUCGGAUUGGCACGAGUGGACCCCUUGCAGUGCGACUUGCGGUGAGGGUCGACACUCCCGCAUGCGGCGAGUGAAAAGCGAGGAUUACUUGAGCGGCCAGACUUGCGACGACGCCUUGAUGGAGACCAAGGAAUGCUCAGUGGACCCCUGCCCCUCGCAGGACUGCUCCAUCAGCACGUGGUCCGAGUGGUCACCAUGUGGCCGCCAAUCCCUACAGAAAACGAGGAACCGUGUGGUGCUGAUCAGCCCCGAGGGUGCAGGUAUGGGCUGCAAUGUGUCGCUCAUGGAGGCCGACGCCUGUGCCCCGCAGGCAGGCGAAGACUGCAUCGUGUCUGAGUGGUCAGCAUGGACUCAUUGCGACAAGUCCUGCCACGGGGGGCAAACCUACCGCCACCGUAGACUGAUGCGCUACAACAGCUUUGGGGGCGCUUGCCCCACAAGCUCCUUGAAGGAGGUUGCGCCCUGCAACACUCAAGCCUGCGUUCCCGUCACGAGGGACUGCGUUUUCGGCGACUGGGGCAAUUGGAGCGAGUGCUCCCAGGAGACAGGGGAAGGCUUUUCCAAGAGAAUACGCAGCCUGGAGCCGGCGACGGGAGACGGCGAGGCCUGCAAUGGCACCACCGUCGAGCUCCAGUCUUGCCAGAUCAAGCCGCAGGAGGUUGUCGACUGCGAGUGGGGGAGCUGGUUGGACUGGAGCGACUGCACGAAGACCUGUGGAGGAGGCUCCAUGCGCCGGAGCAGGGCCGUCGAAACGGCGCCGCGGAACGGUGGCCUGCCCUGCCAGGCGGAGGACAAGGAGGAAGUGAACUUUUGCAACACGAUGCCGUGCAGCGGCGAGUGCAUCGAUGGGAACUGGAGCUCGUGGGCGGAGUGGGGCGAGUGCAGCGCGUACUGCGGCAGUGGCUUCCAGAAGCGGCGUCGCAGCCUGGCUACGCUGCCCACGGCUUGCGGCGCCAUGCCGGAAGGGCCGCGCGAGGAUUUCCGGCUCUGUGACCCGGCCCCGCCAGCCUGCGAGCAGGAUCAAGACUGCCGCCUGUCCCUGUGGAGUACCUGGUCGGAGUGCUCCAAGGACUGUCACGGAGUCCGGGAGAGGGUUCGCCACAUCACCAUGUUCGCCCGUGGUAACGGAGUUCCAUGCGUUAACGAAAGCCUGAAGGACAUCGAGGACUGCAAUCCGCUGCUGGGCGGCGCACCACCUUCUGCCUGCGGCACGGCACCGCUGCAGGACUGCGUUCUCCAGGACUGGUCCGAGUGGUCAGAUUGCUCCGUGACCUGUGGCGGCGGCGAGCAGCUCCGCAAGCGCACGGUCUUGCAGGCCUCCUCGAAUGGUGGCAGGCCGUGCAAUGGCACCCUUACCGUCGUCCAGGGCUGCAGCCCAACUCCUUGCCAUAUCCAUGUGGCCAGAGAUUGCAAGUGGGGAGACUGGUCGGACUGGGGAGACUGCACUCACUGUGGCGGGCAGCGCACUCGGCACCGCGUCAUCGCGCAGCUCCCGACGCUGCACGGCAAGUUGUGCGAUGAGGAGGAUGCAAAGGAAGUGUCGAACUGCACCAGCUACUGCCAUGAUCGGAAGUAUUGCGUGUGGUCUGAGUGGAGUGGGCGGGAGUGUGCCCCGACAUGUGGAGUGUCCACGACUAUGCGAAACCGAGUACUGAAACUCGUGGACGUAGCGGAUGCGGAGGACUAUCUCUUUGUGGGUGACAAACAUUCAGGCUGCCUCGGUUCGCAACUGGACGUGUCAAGCUGUCCCAGCUCCAACGAAGACUGCACGGAGUGCGUGCCAGUGGACUGCGCCUUCGGGCCCUGGAGCGACUGGAAUGAGCCGACCUGCGUCGGGCUGUGCGAGCGCCAGCGGGUUGUGAAGCAGAUGAGCAACGAGUGUGGCUCUCCCUGCAGCGGUGCUUUGCAAGAGACGAAGCACUGUCAGUCCAACUCCUGCGAGGCACCCGAGGACUGCGAGGUCUCAGACUGGAGCGAGUGGAGCCACUGCAGCAAUGCCACGGGACACAUGGGCGGACAAAGGUAUCGCCGACGGGAUGUCCUCCAAGCUCCAAAGCGUGGCGGCCUUGCGUGCUACGGAGACCUGGAGCAGACCAAGGCUUGCAAAGGAGAGCUACCGGAGCCUUGUGUCAUGGAUCACUGGCAAAGCUGGGGAAGUUGUAGCACAACCUGUGGCGAAGGUUUCCAAAGUCGAGAAAGGACGAUCAAGCGUCUGGCUGAUGAUGGAGGAACGCAGUGCAACGGACGCUUAUCGGAGGUGAAGGAGUGUCACGCAGGCUUCUGGGAAGAUUGUGGUUUGGGGAGCGAAGAAGACUGCGAGUUCAAUGCUUGGAAUGACUGGAGCGAUUGCAGCUUUUCCAUGCAACGGGAGCGGUCGAGGGACUUCAAGAAGAGAGCCCUCUUGGGUGGGCUACCUUGCAUGGGCCCAAUGCACGAGCUCGAGACUUGCCACCACGACCCUGUCGACUGCACCGUUUCGGACUGGACUGAUUGGGAUAACUGUGAUCAGACCUGUGGCUCAGCACAUGCACGGCGUCAGCGGGAGAUUCUGACCUUCCCCAAGCACGGGGGAGACUUCUGUCCCAGCGAUCUCGUUCAGAUGAAGGCCUGCCAUUUGCCAAGCUGCAAUUUGAAAGACUGUAAGGUUUCAGGCUGGCUCGAGUGGGGUGCCUGCUCUGCGUCCUGUGGCCCCGGUCAGCAAAGCCGCGUUCGGGCGGUGAUCAAUCUCCGGGAACCUGGUGGCUUCGGCUGCUUCUUCUCUAUUGCCGAGAAUCAGGCCUGCCAAGGUCAAAGCGGUGCAUGCGCUGCAGACUGUGAAUGGGAGAACUGGGAUGACUGGUCGGAUUGCAGCCAAUCCUGCGGGGGGGGCCACAUGAAGCGCGAGCGCAAGAUCAAGACCAUGCCUUCUGAAGGAGGCAAGGCCUGCGAUGACAAGGACAUGACGGAAGUGCUACCUUGCAACGUGGGCGCCUGCCAUCAGCAUUGCGUCGACGGCGCCUGGGCCGUCUGGGAGCAAUGGUCUCCCUGCAGCCGCACCUGUGGAGGAGGUGUCACUUUCCGACGCCGGGAGGUGAAGCAAAUGGCCAACAGCUGCGGCCAUCCGGCCAUCGGGCACGACAAGGAGACGAAGUUCUGCAACGUCGACGUGCACUGUCAGAAAGACAAGGACUGCCUCUACACGGGCUGGAGUAGCUGGAACGAGUGCUCCAGCAGCUGCACAGGCAUCCGAUUCCGGCGGCGAAGCAUCGCCGCCUAUGGCCACGGCGACGGCCUCUUCUGUCAGGGCGCCCUGCAGGAGGUCUCAAUGUGCAACCCAGCAGAAGGCGAGGCGGCCCCCAGCGGCUGCCUUGAAGGGCCGAAGGUGGACUGCGUGCUCAGCGCCUGGAGCGGCUGGGAGGCCUGCAGCGCCACUUGCGACGGCGGCGAACAAAGGCGCCACCGAUAUGUCACCCAGCAUCCCCAGCACGGUGGCCUUGCGUGCAAAGGCACGCUCGUGGAUGUCCGUGAAUGUGGUCGUGACCACUGCCACAGUGGCGGCCAUCCGCUGGAUUGUGUUUACGGGCAAUGGAAGGAGUGGGCAGCCUGUGGACAAUGUGACGGCGAGAGAAAGCGAGUGAGGGAGAUUCUGGUUUACCCUGCCAAGGGCGGCAGAGAAUGUGUCCCGGCGGCCAUGGAGGAAGUGGGCGCUUGCCCCAACCCCUGCGCUUCGGAGCUCGCAUGCUCCUGGCAAAGUUGGUCAAAGUGGAGCUCUUGCUCCGCAACCUGUGGGACCGGUGGAAAGAGACAACGCUUCCGAGAGUUGAUCAAGGUCACGCGGCCCGUGAACAGCGGGCUUGCGGGGAAACCGCACCAGGGGGACCUCAUUGAGAAGUACCGGACGCUCUACGAUCGCACGCGCAGCCUGGAGGAGGGUCAGAUGAAGGAGAUUGGCCUUGCCUUCCUCGCGGGCUUUCUGGCCCUUUCGGCCAUCGGAACCUUCGUGCAGCGGCUGCGGCGGCCUGCAGUCGGCCAGGUCGCGAUGGUCGACACCGAGCAGGUUUGCAGGGUGAAGGGAGUGAAGAUGCGUGAAGGAGUGUGGCGACGGCUUUGUGCACCUCCUCAGGCCAUUGGUGACGAGGCCUCCGAUGUGGAGGAAGAGAUGCUGGGUGAUGGCUACGCCGCGGCAGAGCGCAUCGCACUGGAGCCCAACGGCAACCCCAACUAUCUGGUCUCUUGCCCCUUGAAGAAGGGGCCGGUGCCCGGACCGGGGGAAGGGGGCAAGGCACCAGCGUUGGCGUUGGCGCUGCCCGGCUCCAUGAUGGGGGAGGCCGUGGCGGCCGCCAUUCUCUCGGAGAAGUUGAAGAGGUAUGGCUCCGUGGGAGUCGGUUUGAUCCCGGACUCGAUGGCCACCCUCCGCCUGGUGGAGGCCGCCAAGAACGCGAAGGCUUCUACUGCCACGCCGUCCCGGCCGUCCCAGGGCUAUGCAGAAGAGCCUCCUGCAAUAUCCACCACCGCAAGCGCAGGCAGCCGCAAGAUCUGGAAAAGGCCAAGUGGAGGAGUGCAGACGAGGCAAGACAUCCUCGAGCUGUUGGACGAAACCAUCCGAGUCCAGGGCAUUGUGCAGACUGAAAUCAGUCAGCUGGCCAGAAGCAUAGCGAAAGAGGCGAAGGAGAAGCAGGAGGGCAAGAAAAAGAAGAAGAAGGCCCUCUCCAUCACUGAGGCUUUCCGCAGAAUCAAGGAAAUGCAGCUGCCGAUAGAUCCCUUGGAGGAGCUCAACCUAUCCGAGCAGGCCUUCCAAAAGCUUCUCACACAGUACGAGCAGGACGAGGAGGUCUCGGCCAAGGCCCAGCUGCUCCUUCACCCGGAGCCAAAGGGCGACCUCGCCAAAGCCCGGAGUAUUGGCAUUGAGAAGAUCGUGGAGAUCCAUCAAUUCAUGGUGGUAGAGAUGCAGAAGGUCCUCACAGAGUUCCUGGCCCUGGAUCAGGACACGCGUCGAAGCUUCAGCAACAAGGCAUGUGAAACCACUGCCGAACUCCUCGUGUCCGUGGCAGUGGAACAGCAGCUGGGCGUACACUGUGAGGACGUAGAGCAGGCAGUGAUGCAGCACGAAGAGGUGCUGGCAAAUCAUCCAGAGUUUGCCCGCUGCACCGAGCAGCUCGCGAACAUGAUGCAGCACCUGACGGGUGCCGCGCAGCCACGGGCCAACAAGGCCGAUUUCCUUGAGGUUCUCCGAAAUAUGGCGGACCACUCCCAGAAGGCCAAGGACUUCGCCAAGAAGGUCUACGAAGAGUAUCGGGCGAAGACCUGUCCGGUCAGCGAUGUCUACCGCCGCUUCGAGGACUUUGCUGCCGAGGCACCGGCUGCAAAGGAGGGCCUCGAGGACCUGACGCCUGUGGAGCUGCAGCUCUGCUAUGAUGAGUACCGGGAAGAUCCCGAGGUGCGCAGCGCUUGGUCCAAAGCUGGAGUGGAGAACAGCAUCAUGAUGGCCAGCUGCGUCACUUCCCUCCUCAAAAACGAAGCCUCGACGCCUUUGCCGGAGGACAAGAAGGGGAAAAAGAUGAAGACUUCAGAAAUCGUGGAGAUGCAGGAGCUGAUGGUGGAUGAGAUGAAGCGCCUUUCUGAGGCUUCGAGCGCUGCAGCCAAGGCUUCAUCUUCCUCGCCGUGGCGAGCAGAGAUUGCCAUGCAGAUGGUGCAGUCGCUGGCAAGUGCAGCAGUGGAAAGAAGGUACGGAGUAUCGCCAGAGGAGAUGACAAUCGCCGGCAUCCAAAAUGCUCCUGCUUUGCAGAAGAACGAGCGGUUCGUCCGUGCUACGGAGAAGCAGCAGGAGAUCAUCAUGGCGGUGGCGCAGUUUUGUGCACAGUGA